AGGGUAUAUGAUCUUACUUAGACCUAGUCGAAGGAUCAAGUCGUAACUUCUGUAGAAUUUCUGUGACUUCCCAUAAGAAUUCAAUAAAUAUCUUCUGUACUUCCUUCCACAAUGACUCUUUCAGCAACAACUACCACGCGAUCCUCAGGACGAUAUUCCCUCAAAACCAGUAUGGAUUCAUCACAAGAUAAGGAAGAGCGCAAGCGCGAGUAUAAUCGUCUUGCUCAGAGAGAAUUCCGCCGCAGAAGAAAGGAACAUCUCAAGAACCUCGAGCAAGCACAAAAGGAGCAAAGCUCUGAGCAAUCGGAAGAGAUCGAGCGUCUACGGUACCAGAAUGACGAACUGAGGAGGGAGAACGAGGCACUACGAGCACAGAUCUAUGGAUCGUCGUCUUCAUCAAGUCAUCUCAUGUCUGGAUCCAUCAACGUCCCAUCCAUCUCCGACGCGCGCCAAUACUCUCUCUCCCCAUCACUCUCAGGCACAUCUAUGUCAGGCACUGGGAGUCCUCCAGCUACUAUGGCUUCAGACAUGAUGCCAAUGGCGGCUCUAUCACUAACAUCGUCGAUGUUGACACCUCCGAUGCAAGCUUAUGCCGACCCUUCUGCGUUGUCAUCUCAGCCAUACUCUAUGGUACAUCCAUCCGGACUCCGUCAUAAUUCACAAAGCUCACCUGAGUCAUCAGGGUUCCGAAGUUCUCGAUCUACAAUGGGACCCUCUUUUCAGUCUCUGAAUCUCUCCCAGUCGGUCGAGGCAGCAGCACCCCUGGUGCCAGGCCAACAAAGAAGAUCCAGUGGUCAACCACCGACUAUGGUGAUGGUUCCAUACGAUCGAAACAAAGCCAAGAACGAGAUCCUGGACCUCUUUCGACCACUCUACUCUGAUCCUUCAGUCACAAAUGACUCCUCGCGCCACCUCACCGUUCUGCGAACCAUGAGCGAAACCCUCCCACCCUCUCUAAAACCGAGUAAAGCCCAGCUCGAGACUCCUCACUACUACGGCAUCGACAUGAUCGCAUCCUCAUCGCUGCGAGAGCGCCUCAUGACAGUCACCACCGAGGUAGCGCGCAGUUUCUGCGCAGACCUAGGCAUCAUCGGUGGUGAGCGGGACGAGGUGGGGCAAGUUAUCAUCUGGGGCGACGAACCGCUGAAUGAGAUGUCGUGGGAGCUUUCUCAGCCUCUGCUUGAGCGGUGGGGAUGGUUACUUGGGACGGGGUGGACACAGAGGGCUAAUUUCUGGAGGAGACAGAGAGGUGCUCCGUUGUUGACGGAGUGGUGAUGAUUAUUACUACGGGAACACGGUUUGGGAGGAAAUGAAUGCAUAGCGAAGGGCGUUUUUUCCCAUGUACAGUACAGAUAGCAAGCAAUCAAGCAGAUUAUGAGCCAUGUCCUCAAAGAAGAGAAACGCGGAAAACUAGCAAUCCAAAUUCCCUCUCUCCCUCUCUCUCAAAACGCAGAAUAUUCCUCUUUCCGUAAUCCAAACGCGCCAUCGAAGAUCGUCAAUGACACAACUGGCACCUCUCACUCACUCACGGACCGCAUGGGACGAAAAUCUACAGUAGUGGGUGGGGUAUUGUCCGUGUCCGUCCGUAUUCCCUCCUCUCCCAAAACUCAAAAUUCCGCUUGAUAGAUACUACAGUCCUCGCGCAAGCAAAACAAGGAAAACGCCACAACCCUCUCUCUCUCUCUUUUCUGCACUGCAUCGAAGAUCAUGUCAGCAGCAUCAUACGGGGGGCUAUCUCUCAUUGGGAAUAGAGCAGCGUA